CAAAAGGCUUAAGUAUCUUUCUUCGCAGUAGCAUUUUUAUUUUACAAAUUACAUCCAGUUGCAUUCCUUGCCUUUACUUAGCUUUGCAGACAAGCCUUAAACAGAAUUAUCAGGAAAGUCCUACUGUACUGAAAUGUGUAAGACGGUGCAAGAAGGGAGGGAGCGGGCACUCACAACCGGGUAACCCACUCACCCCUUUCCUCCAUGGAAGACUAUUUUAAGCCCAGGGUUACAUUUCGGAUUUUUAAACAUAUCGAGCUACGUCUCUAGAAACGGGACACCCGAUCCCGUCAUCGACCCAAGGAGCACCGGACGCGGCUCUUGUGGGCAGAUGCAGCAACCCCACUUCGCAGCAGCUAGAGAGGCUUCGCGGGCGGAUCGCUCUCCGCAAAGGCAAAGCGGAGGCGGCUCGUCCAGGAGGGGAAGCCAGGCAAGGCUUCCAAAAACGUAGAGCGCAACCGAGCAAGCCGAAAGGGCAACUUUCCCCGGCCGCUUGGCCAAGCUCAGCAAAAGCGGACGGGUGGUGCGUGUGUGUGUUUUUUCCCUCUCGACCGCCCACGCGUUGCAAAAGGGCUCGCCCGGCCCGGCGUGGGAAGGCUGGCUGGCUGGCUGGCUGCCGAGGGGCGCUGUGGCGCGGUUUCGUCCCCUGCAGCUCGGGCCUGGCGGAGGUGGAAGCGUCUUUCCGUUGGCGCUGCUUCCUUCGCCGCCUCCCACUUCCCGUCGUCAGUCCGCUUCGGUCGCGGCCUUGGCAUAGCGGCUGGGGAGAAGUCUCGGGAGAGGCGAGAACCGCGGGCUGAGAGGUAUCCUACCACUUCUUAAAUUACUAUGAGUCUACUACAUAGUAACACAAGUUUUGAAAUCAAUGAUCAAGAGAGUGACUGCUGUGCAGCCAUGGCCAGUGCUUGUAGCGCUGGGACCAAGGAGGAAAGCUUCACUGCCCCCAUCAGCAAUGGUACUGGUGGGACACUUUCAAACUCUUUCAUGGAGGAAACCCAAGGCUAUGAUGUGGAGUUUGACCCACCACUGGAAAGUAAAUAUGAAUGCCCUAUCUGUUUAAUGGCUCUACGGGAAGCAGUACAGACGCCGUGUGGACAUCGUUUUUGCAAAGCUUGCAUUGUCAAAUCCAUAAGAGAUGCAGGCCAUAAAUGUCCAAUAGACAAUGAAAUCUUACUUGAAAAUCAACUCUUCCCGGAUAACUUUGCAAAACGUGAAAUCCUAUCCCUGACAGUGAAAUGUCCCAACAAAGGCUGCAGUCAAAAGAUGGAGCUAAGGCACUUAGAGGACCAUCAGUUACACUGUGGAUUCGCAUCAGAAAAAUGUUCUCAAUGUCAAGGGAUUUUCCAGAAGAACCAGUUGCAAGAACAUAUUAAGCUAGAAUGUCCACGGCGGCAAAUUGCUUGUCCAAAUUGUGCCAUGUGUAUGCCUUACGAAGAAAAAAGGGUUCAUGAUGAAAUAUGCCUUUUGGCAAAUGUCUUCUGUGAAUAUUGUAAUACAGUGCUAAUCAGAGAACAGCUGCCUAAUCAUUAUGAUAAUGACUGCCCUACUGCUCCAGUACCAUGUACCUAUAGUGCAUUUGGAUGUCUAGAAAAGAUGCAGAGAAAUGAUUUGGCGCACCAUGUGCAAGAAUUUACUCAGGUUCAUAUGAGAAUGAUGGCUCAGACUCUUCGGAGCAUCAGUGUUACUACUCCAACUUCCAUGAAUUUUUCUGGAACUUUACCUUUUGACCCAUCACUCUUCUCUCAAGGCAUGCCGCCCUCGUGUGAGUGUAGCCCAGAGGUCCAGAACUUCAAGGAGACUAUUCAGCAACUGGAAGGUCGCUUGGUAAGACAAGAUCACCAAAUUAGAGAACUCAUUGCAAAAAUGGAGACACAACACUCCCAGAUGGGAGAUCUCAAACGCACCAUCCGAACGCUAGAGGAAAAAAUUGCUGACAUUGAAGCCCAACAAUGUAAUGGUAUUUUCCUGUGGAAAAUUGAAAAUUUCAGUGCAUAUCUGAAAGCCCAGGAGGAAGAAAGACCCGUUGUGAUCCAUAGUCCAGGUUUCUACACAGGGAAACCAGGAUAUAAACUUUGCUUGCGUCUGCAUAUCCAGUUACCAAGCGCUCAACGUUGUGCUAACUACAUUUCUCUUUUUGUUCAUACCAUGCAAGGGGACUAUGACAGUCAUCUCCCUUGGCCUUUCCAAGGCACCAUACGUCUAUCAAUUUUGGAUCAGUCUGAAGGAUCUCCAAGACACAACCAUGAAGAAGUAAUGGAUACCAAGCCUGAGUUGCUAGCCUUCCAACGUCCUAUGGUCCAUCGCAACCCAAAGGGCUUUGGAUAUGUAACUUUUAUGCAGUUGCAAGCCCUGAAACAAAGAACAUACAUAAAAGAUGAUAUUCUCUUGGUACGCUGUGAAGUUUUAACACGUUUGGACUUAACCAGUCUCCGAAGAGAAGGUUUUCAGCCUCGUAGUACAGAUGGAACAUCAUAGCCUAUUGUCAAGUCUUGAUUGUUAUGUAAUUAUGAAAAACCAAGCUUGGUUUAAAUUAUUUGGCUCCCUGAGAGGAGCAGCAAAUGAAGCUCCUGUUUCAAAAAGAAAAAAGUCAUAAUGUUAACCUGAGGUAGCAAAAUUCUGGUAGUACCACUUCUUCCUCCUUAGGAAUCUAAAGGCAGCAAUAAUAAAUAAAUAUGCAUUUUAUGCCUUUAUUUUUGCUACAUGAAAAAAAUCUUUCACCUAUAGCAGCUGCUUUUCUAUCUUUUUAUAUGAAGAAUCUGCAGAAUUGUAAAUGAAGCAGAAGUUAGACUGCCAGUCUGGAAAAAUAGUAUGCUUUUCAGGAAAGGGGAAAUCAUUCUGUCAUAAGACAAAAUAUAUAUCUAGUGGAUUCUUUUGCUCUUUUUGGUGAGCUAGAUAACUGACUAUUAUCAGUAGCUGACGUAUGCUAAAAAUUGUAAUUAAAACAGAGCCACUUAAUGUACAAUCAAGAGUGGGCCAAAUUCUAUUGUUAUUUGUCAUUAGAAGAUUUGACAGCUAAAGCUAUAAACAUUGUAUUUGUAUCUCAGAAGUUAAAUUAUGAAAUAUAUCUACAUAAGAGGCAAAUAGAUAGUGGGAUACCUCAGGGUUCUGUCUUGGGCCUAGAAUUCUUCAACAUUUUUAUAAAUUACUUGGAGAAAAGGAUGGAAGGGAAACUUGGUGAAAUAUGCAAAUAGCACAAAGCUAGGAGGAAACACCUCUGAAGACAUGCUCAAGGUUUGAAAUGUUUCAUUAUGCUUGAACAAUUGGACUUUAUGCAAGUAAAUACUAUUCAGUGGCACACACAAAAAUGUCAGGUUUGCACCUAGGUGGAAAAAAAAUCAGAUGCACAGGUAGAAGAUAGAUAGUACCUGGCUCAGCCAUAGUACUUGUGAAAAAGGUCUCAUGAAAAAGAUCUAGUAGACCACAGAUUAAGCGUUAGCCAGGGAAGAAGGCAGAAGAGAACAAUAAAGAUGAUACUUGGAAGGUAAUUCUUAUGAAGAACUGUUUCAAAAACUGGGUUUGUUUAGCCUAAAUAAGAGAAGGGUAAUGGGAGAUAUGACAUCAGUGAUGCCAGUCUUCCAGUGCUUGAAGGGCUGUUGCAGUGAAGAAGGUAUGGAUUUAUUCUGCCUAAUGCCUAAAUGUAGGACAAAAACAAAUGGAUUAUUUCCCAGAACCAUUGGUACUCCUUCAGUGGAGAUUUUUAAGCUAAAGUUGGACAACCACUUGCCUUGGAUUAUCUGAGGAUUCCUACCCUGGGAGGGAAGACUUGGAUUAUAAAGCCUCCAAGCUACCUUCCAAUGGAUUCCAUAGAAUUCCUGUGAUUUCAUAAAUUGAGUAUAUAAGCUAAUCAAUUAGGCCUAAAUUGUUAGGCAUUAUAUAACAAAAACCCAUUAUAUAUAUACAUACAGGUAGUUUGUGAUUUAAGACUCAUCCUCAGGUAGCACAAUUGCACUUCUCCUGCAGUCAACGAUUGCAAUUCAAAUGCUUGGCAACUGUUUCAUAUUUAGUUGCAAUGUUUUGUGGUUAUGUGUUUACAAUUUGUUACCUUCCCAGCUGGCUUCUAACAGGCAAAGUCAAGUGAGAAAGCUGGAUUCAUUUUAAUGACCACAUGAUUCACUUAACAGCAGUAAAAAUGAUUGCAAAAUCUGGUCAUGUGAUAACUUACUUAACAACUGUAUCGCUUAGUAUCUGAAGUUCUGAUCCCAGUUGUCAUAAAUCAAGGACUACCUGUAUAACAUGCAUAAUUGCUCAAUGCUCUUUAUCAUGACAGCGAGAAAGUCAAUAGUCAUAUCUUGGUAGAUUUGGUAUUAAUUACAACUUCAUUCUUGUUUUUUGCCUUCCCAGAGAAUUUAGCGUUAAUCCAUUCUCAACUACCGUUAACAUGCCUUACACAAUGUAAGCCGCCCUGAGUCUUCGGAGAAGGGCGGGAUAUAAAUGUAAAAAACAAACCAAAAAACAUAAUGACAAAUUAGGUUUGAUGUAUCUAAAAGCUCACUGCAGAUCUCUUCUGGAGAAGCUUAAUGAGGCAUCAACCUGAUUGCCUUAGGACAGGGGUCUGCAAACUUGGCUCUUUUAAGAGUGUGGACUUUAACUACCAGAGUUCCUCAGCCAGUAAAUCUGGCUGACGAACUCUGGGAGUUGAAGUCCACACGUCUUAAAAGAGCCAAGUUUGCAGACUCUUGCCUUAGGAAAUCUUUACCCUGAUGAAAUCUUGAGAUAUUCCUUGACUGAUGUUUCCAUGUUGUUAUGUCAUUUGCACUGCUUAAUCCUAUCAUUUGCCCUGUUGCAUUUUAUUAUUAUUUUUUGCACUUGUGAUGAUAAGUUAAAACUGUGAUUUUGCUACAAAUGUUAGAUAUGUUUCAUUUUUAACUGGAAACACUGUUGUAAUCUGUUAGGCUUAAAGGGAAUUCCCCUUCUUUUAAAGGUGAUUUGGGAUAGGCAUAGAUGCUUGCAUUCUGCAGUGUUUUCAGUUUAUUUUGCGGACAUAUUCAGCAUAUAGGUGUUACAAUUUUCAAGAAUGUUAAGGGUUUUUUUAUCCAGCUUCAGAUUGGCUGAUCUGUAACAUUUUUUACCACAACAAUCUGUGUAAUAAUGUGCUACUUUGGUGUAUAAACAUGCUAUUAGUAUUAAUUGUAAAAGUUAUUACCUUGUAUACAGAAGUUUCUGUUCAAAAUUCAUUGGUGUCGACAAGAUCAUUUUGGUGAAAGUGCUCUUGAUAAUGUGACAUGAGAGCAAAAAUGUGGAGUCACGACCAAAGUUAACUAAAGGAGGAAUAUGUGGCUCUGAUGUGUGAAAGAAAAAUAAUCAAGGCAGCUUUACCUUCACUUUGAAAAAAAAAAUACUGAUAGUACUAGUACUGGUGGCAACAGUUAAUUGCCCAAAGACUGCGCUAGUAUUCCAUGAUAACAUAUGACAGUAAACCUGGAGCUCCAUGAGAGCAUAAUCUUUCUUUACAGUUUUAUAAGAAUAAUCAGAGUAUGUUCCCUGCCUUCCAAACAAAUAAAAGCUACAAAGCAAUGAAGCACUCACGGAAAAACUCUCAGAUUUUGAGGGCACCUGUCAGAACACUUCUUGGAGACAAAGCUUAUUUGAACCAAACAUUUCCCAGCAUUUGGGAGUGAAAUAAAGUAUUACUUGGUGCCAUAAUGUGAGUAUGAGAGUGUUAAGGUUACAUAUUCUACAUUUUUAAAGAAGAGAAUCUUACUUGGAAGCAAAAAGUUACAUUACCUUUUCUAAACUCCCACCCCACACAGGCCCUGAAAAUGUGCAUUAUUUCAAAUAAUUGCUUGUCUAUUCAGAAUACAAACCUUUAUAAAUACUGAUUUUUGAACCAUAUAAUUUUCUAUUCUCAUGCUUUUUUAUUAAAAAAACAGUAUAGAUUAUUCUUUAUUUAAACUUGAUCUAAUUGUAAGGAUGUCAUUUUUGAUGAUGUAGAAACUCUUAGUGUGAUAUAUUUUAUUUACUUAUCUAAAAGUAAUUUACUUAUCUAAAAGUAAAUGUCACUCAUUGGAACUAUCUUUUAGUAAGCUAAGAAGAAUGCUGGCAUCUUUAGGUAUUUUUAUAUACAGAAGUAUGUAUUACAAUGUAUCAAUUUACUGCAUAUUUAUAAUGCUAUUUUGAAAAAAAAAUCCCAAUUUUCUAGGGUACAGGUUAUAAAUAGUAAUUUAUUGUAAUAAGCAUUAACCUUUAAGGAAUCAUAUUCCAUUUCAUCAAUAAACUAUUAUGUAGCAUAUCCUGACUUUGUCAGUUGCUGUUGCAGAUUGACAUAAAUCAAAUCCUUUUCUGAUUAAAAAAAAAGGCAAGAGCUAAUUACUAUAUAUAGAUUUAUUUCAGCUUCAGGUAGACAACUGUUAAGUCACCCUGAAUAGACUUUCAGAUAAUGAAAUAUAGGAUUGCAGUCUCAUCUUUUAUUUAAAAAUGGUUUAAUACGUGUCAAGAUUUCUAUUUAAAAUAACUGUACUUUUUAUCUAUAAAUUAAACUAAUUUUAUUUUCCAUCA